AUGCUCCGGGUGCCGGCCGUGCUGUGUGUGUGCGCGGCCGCCUGGUGCGGCCAGGCUCUGGCGGCCGCGGCGGCCGCGGCGGCGGCCGGGGGGCGCUCGGACGGCGGCAAUUUCCUGGAUGAUAAACAAUGGCUCACCACCAUCUCCCAGUACGACAAGGAGGUCGGCCAGUGGAACAAAUUCCGAGACGAUGAUUAUUUCCGCACUUGGAGUCCAGGAAAGGCCUUUGAUCAGGCUUUAGAUCCAGCUAAAGAUCCAUGCUUAAAGAUGAAAUGUAGUCGCCAUAAAGUAUGCAUUGCUCAAGAUUCUCAGACCGCAGUCUGCAUUAGUCAUCGGAGGCUUACACACAGUAUGAAAGAUGCAGGAGUAGGCCGUAAGCAAUGGAGGGGCCCAGUAUCAUCCACCUGCAAACAAUGCCCAAUGGUCUAUUCUAGCCCUGUUUGUGGUUCAGACGGUCACACCUACUCUUCACAGUGCAAACUAGAAUAUCAGGCCUGUGUCUUAGGAAAACAGAUCUCAGUCAGGUGUGAAGGCUAUUGCCCGUGUCCUUCAGAUAAGUUAACAAGUACAAGCAGAAAUGUAAAGAGAGCAUGUAGUGACCUGGAGUUCAGGGAAGUGGCAAACAGGUUGCGGGACUGGUUCAAGGCCCUUCAUGAAAGUGGAAGCCAAAACAAGAAGACAAAAGCAUUACUGAGGCCUGAGAGAAGCAGAUUUGAUACCAGUAUUUUGCCAAUUUGCAAGGAUUCACUUGGCUGGAUGUUUAACAGACUUGAUACAAACUAUGACCUGCUAUUGGACCAGUCAGAGCUGGGGAGCAUCUACCUUGAUAAGAAUGAACAGUGUACGAAGGCAUUCUUCAACUCUUGUGACACAUACAAGGACAGUUUGAUAUCUAACAAUGAAUGGUGCUACUGCUUCCAGAGACAGCAAGACCCUCCUUGCCAGACAGAGCUCAGCAAUAUUCAGAAGCGGCAAGGAAUAAAGAAGCUCCUAGGACAGUACAUACCCCUGUGUGAUGAAGAUGGUUACUACAAGCCAACACAAUGUCAUGGCAGUGUUGGGCAGUGCUGGUGUGUUGACAGAUAUGGAAAUGAAGUCAUUGGAUCCAGAACAAAUGGUGUUGCAGGUUGUGCUAUUGAUUUUGAGAUCUCUGGAGAUUUUGCAAGUGGAGAUUUCCAUGAAUGGACUGAUGAAGAGGAUGAUGAAGAUGAUAUUAUGAAUGAUGAAGAUGAAAUUGAAGAUGACAAUGAAGAUGAAGGGGAUGAUGAUGAUGGUGGUGAUGAUCAUGAUGGGUACAUUUGA